CCCCUGCUCACCUGGCUGACGGCAUCCACAAGAAGAAGCACACGCGCCCAACCUUCACGGGGCACCAGAUCUUUGCUCUAGAGAAGACUUUUGAGCAGACCAAGUACCUGGCAGGUCCGGAGAGAGCACGGCUGGCCUAUUCCCUUGGCAUGACUGAGUCCCAGGUGAAGGUCUGGUUCCAGAACCGACGGACCAAAUGGAGGAAGAAGAAUGCCCUGGAGCCCUCCUCGUCCUCGCAGCGGGCGGGGGGCUCUGGUGGAGAGCGGGCAGCCUCUGAGACCGAGGAUGACGAGUACAACAAGCCCCUGGACCCCGACUCAGAUGACGAGAAGAUCCGGCUGCUGUUGAGGAAGCACCGUGCGGCCUUCUCGGUGCUGGGCUUGGGCACGCACAGCGGCUGA